AUGCAGAAAAUUAAAAAGAACAAAAAUCGAAAAAUACAUUUAAAGUUCUUAAAAGGAAUAUAUUUUAAAAGCAAUAAAAGCAAAAAACAUGAUUUUUAUGCUAAAGAAAACAUUACAAAUGACAAAAAGCAGAAAACAUACGAUAAUCAACAAAAAGAAAGAACUAAAAAAGUUAAUUAUGAAGAAAAAUACGAUAAAAUAAUAAAAGAUGAAACUAAAAGAAUUAAAAAACAUAAUUUUUUUAAAACAGAAUCAGAAUUAUUACUACAAACACAAGAAAACAAAAUAAUCAAUAAAAUAAAAUAUCAAAUUAAAGAGAAAAAAUCGAAAAAAGAGCAGGAUAAAAGACGCACAGAGCUCCUUAAGGAUAGAAUGAAGCUUCCUAUAUGGUCUGCUCGAUUAAAAUUAAUAGAAGAAAUGGAAAAUUCAAGAGUAAUAAUUCUAUUAGGGGAACCAGGAUCAGGAAAAUCAACACAACUCCCACAAUUUCUUUUAAAAUCUAAUUAUACAAAAAAUAGCUGUAUUGCUAUCACGCAACCACGAAGAAUUGCUGCAGUAAAUUUAGCAAAAAGAGUCUCUGAAGAAAUGGGAACGAGUCUGGGUUCGAAAGUAGGAUAUUCUAUUAGAUUUGAUGAUUGUUCUUCUUCUCAUACACAGAUCAAAUAUAUGACUGAUGGAAUGUUAUUACGAGAGUUAAUUGGUGAUCCACUUUUGUCUCUUUAUUCAACUAUUAUUCUUGACGAAGCACAUGAGAGAACACUUAUAACAGAUAUUCUUAUGGGAUUCUUAAAAAAAAUAAUGAAAUUACGUCCAACGCUCACCAUAGUUAUUAUGAGUGCGACAUUAGAAGCGGAACGAUUCUCUACUUUCUUUGAUAAUGCAAAAGUUUGCUUUAUAAAAGGUAGACAAUAUCCAGUUGACAUUCACCAUACCUUGCAACCUGAAAAUGAUUAUGUUGAUGCUGUUUUGAGAACAAUAUUUCAAAUUCAUAUAAAUGAACCAGAAGGUGAUAUCCUUGCAUUCCUUACAGGUCAAGAUGAAAUUGAAUCACUAGAAACAUCUAUUUCUCAUUAUUCAAAACAAUUACAAGAAAAUGUUCCAAAGAUGUUCGUAUGUACAUUAUUUUCUGCUUUGCCUCAAAAUAUACAACAAAAAGCAUUUGUCAAGACACCUCCUAAUACCAGGAAAAUUAUAUUGGCUACAAAUAUAGCAGAGACAUCAGUUACAGUAAAAGGUGUUAAAUAUGUUAUAGAUACAGGGUUAGUAAAGGUAAAACAUUAUAAUAAUAGGCUUGGCAUUGAGGCUUUACAUAUUGAACCAGUAAGUAAAUCAUCUGCACGCCAAAGAGCAGGAAGAGCAGGAAGAGAAGGUCCUGGAAAAUGCUAUAGAUUAUAUACAGAAUCAGAAUUUAAAAAAUUAAAAAACACAUCUACGCCAGAAAUAAAAAGAAUAAAUUUGUCAUUUGCUGUAUUAACUCUAAAAGCUAGAGGUGAAGAUGAUCUCAUGAAUUUUAAAUUUGUAGAUCCUCCUUCACACAGUUCAUUGUUGCGUUCUUUAGAACACUUAUAUUCACUUUCUGCUCUUGACAAAAAUGGAAAAAUUACAAAAAUUGGCUAUGAUAUGUCACUAAUUCCAUUAAGUCCUCAACUUGCACGAGUUUUAAUUGCAGCGGCAAAUGAUUAUAAUUGUUUAUCAUGCAUUAUUGAUAUAAUUGCGUGUAUUUCAACAGAAAACCUUUUCAUAUCACCCCAAAACAAAAAAAAUGAAGCAAAUGAAGCAAGGAUGAAAUUUUUCUCCAGAGAUGGAGAUCAUAUAACAUAUCUUAACAUAAUAAGGCAAUUCAUAGAAAUAAGAAAAAACGAAUCAAUAGCAAAAACAUGGUGUCAUCAAAAUUUCAUAAAUUUUAGAGCAAUAACAACUAUCAUGGAGAUUAGAAAACAAUUAACAAAACAUUGCAAAAAUGCAAACAUGAAAGUCGAAUUUUCAAAUAAGAUAGAUACAGAACUUAUUCUUCAAUGUUUUCUUACCGGAUUUUUUAUGAAUACAGCAUUGCUGCAAACAGACGGAAACUACUAUACAACCAUAGGAAACACGAUUGUUCAUAUUCAUCCUUCAUCAGUUUUAUUUAAUAGAAAAGUCGAAGCUAUUUUAUAUAACAAUUUAAUUUUUACAACCAAACCAUACGUCCAUAUUGUAUCUAUGAUUAAAAGCGAUUGGUUGCGAACAAUUUCCCAAAUGAUCCAAAAUAAUAAUUCUUAA